AUGGCGCGGCUGCUGGAGCGUCGGUGGCUGGCGCAGGAGGCGGAGGCUGUGGCGGGCGCUGUGCGCGGGGCCCUGGGGCCGCGGGGCGGGCGGGCGCUCCUGGUGCGGGCCACCGGGGAGGCGGUGCUCACGCGGGACGGGAGGCGCCUGCUCGAGGCGCUCAGCCUGGAGCCGCCGACGGCCAGGAUGAUGGUGGCGUGUGCCUGCAGCUACCGCGCCGCGACGGGGGACGGCGCUAAGACGUUCGUUAUAUUGCUGGCCGGCGUGCUGCGAGGCCUGUGCGCGGCGGGCGGCGGCCUGCGGCGGGCGCUGCAGGCCUUCGAAGCGCAGGUGCUGGAGCGGGCCAUGGCGCUGGGCGUGCGGCGGCACCUCCUGACGGCGCUGGCCGGGCGGGAGGAGGAGGCUGAGGCGGCCGGCCUGGAGGCGCUGCUGGAGGCCUACCUGGCCGGGCGGCUGGGGCCGGGCGAGCGGCGGCACCUGGCGUGGCUUUGCUCCGAGUACUAUUGCCGCUGCUGCCCGGCCGCCGCCACCCGCCCGCAGGCGCUGCGCCUCCUCGGCCGUCGGUUCGCGGAGCUGCACGCCGCAGUGGCCGGCCUCCCCGUGGCGAGCUCUAGGGUCCUGCCCGGGCUCGUAUUCCGCAGGGACUUCGCGACCUAUUGCCCGGCAGGAGGGGAGCUGCGGGCCGUGCUCAUCACCGAGCCCCUCCGACCCGCCCUCUCGGCCCCCGGCGUUGAGUUUGUUGUCGACUCCGAGGGUCAGUAUCACGCUUCCCUGCAGUGGAUCACAAGGAGGGCAGAGGCCUUAAUGAAACACUUGCGGAACAACAACAUUAAACUGUUACUGUCGAGUGUGAAGCAGGAGGAAGUAGUUAUUUACUAUGCGAAAUUAUACGGUAUAUCUGUGGUAGAGUGCUUAUCAUCGGAAGAAAUGGCCCUUAUUUGUGAAAUUACAGGAGUAUCACCUUGUGCACCUUUUGGUGAUAACAUGCGCGGGGAAAUCACGGAAACCGCAAUGGCAACAUUUUGCCAGCCCUUGCUGCUUGGCUCAAAGAGAUGCGUUCACAUUGGCUUUACCAGUGUGUGCACCUUUCAGCCCCAUUGCCUCAUUCUUUGUGGGCCAGUCGAUAGUGUUAAUGAGCAACACGCUGCAGCUUUACAAGAGGCAUUUAUAAUGCUGCAGCAGCUAUUUAAAACAGUUGAACAGAGGGAGGACUACAAAGCAGAAGGUGAAAGCCAGAGUGAAGCCUCAGGUGUUUGCAGUUGGCAUUUUUCAGAUACUCAGAUGCAACUUGCAAUAGAAAAUAAUUGUUGUAACAGUACUCAGGUUUCUGAAGGUCAAUCAAAAGCACAUAGGGAUGAAGCAGACACACAGGUUGUAGACCCAGGUUCGCAGGUAUGUGAUAAUCCAGUGUAUGUGCAAACAGACUUGCAAAUACCCUCAAAUCCCAUCUUGCGCAUCAAGGAAUUAAGUGGUGCCACUGAAGGAGAUGGCUCUUCACGAGGUGUACAGAAACCGCAUGCAAAAUGUGAGCAUUUGGGUGCCGUGCACGAGAACUGUAAAAAUGAUUCACUUGUGGACAGUCAAAAGCAGCAGAGCACUGCUGUAUUUGCAUGUAAUGCUAAUGCAGGCACUGCAUGUGAAAGUCUAGAUGUUGGUAAAGACCUAGAGAAAACCAGUUGCAAUGUAGUCCCAUUAGAACAUGGAAAGAGUUGUGUAAGUACUGCACAGAAUUAUUCUGGCUCUCUCAUAAAAGCAGGAUCAGUUUUGCCAGUAGGAGGUUUCUUUGAAGUCCUGUUACAUUAUUAUAUUCAGUACUAUGCAAAACAGUUUCAGCAGUCAGAGGUAGCUGUUGUGUCUAAUAUAGUUGCUGAUGCUCUGCUAAGUAUUCCCAAGUCCUUGUACGGGUCAACAGAACGAAACAGCUUUAACAAAUUCUAUUUCAGAGCCAUAAAUGCACUCAGAAAAAAUGAGCCACUGCCUAUGAAUGGGAAAGGCUUAGAAUCAGUGUAUUGCAAAUACCACUUAGUCAUCUCAGUUCUUCAUUGUGUUACAGAACUGCUCUCCAUAGAUUUAAUAAUUGGUAUUAAGCGGCCACUGCAAAAAGCUGAGGAUUAUGACUCAGAGAAUGACUUCUGAAACCUCUUAAUAAAGAAUGUUUUUCCUUAUGUGUUUUUCCUGUGCCAUCUUGUCAAAAGGUUGUGUCUCAAAGUCAGUGCUACAGAAUGAAAAAUACCUUUUUAGACCCAGAGGCCUAACGUGCUGCUUUCUUCUAAGAAGAAAAGGAAGAGAAAGGCUCUCCAGCUGAGAUUUGUGGAAAACUGGGUUGUGUGCUUGCAAGUUAUAAGCGAGGGGGGAUUUUUUAGCCUUCGUAAUAGGCUGGAUUGAAUGUUACUUUAAAUAAAACUAUUUUUGUAUAUAUUGUGGUUUCAGAUGUAAUGGGAAAAAUAGAACUGUUGUUGGUCUGUUCAGUGUAGGACAGGCAGAGGUAGGCCACUGCAGCAUAUCCCAGUGAAGAAUUUUCUCAUCUGACAGACGAUGCAGCAUUUGUAUCCUUCAUUGAGUUUGCUUCAGUCAGUCUACUAGAGAUAAUAAUUUCAUAUUGUGACUGGCUGGCAUUUGCUCUGGCAAAUUAGUUUGUGUGACAUUACUUAGUACAACUAUUAAUUUCAGCUAUGCUGGGAUGAGUUGUGGUGUUACUAUCAAAGGCUGUGUGAAAGUUUGCAUAAUGCAGUUUUGUGUGAAAAACCUGAGGUGAUUUUUCAGUUCAGACUUUGGCCAUUCAGGAUUUUACCGUGGCUUUGUUUGUUUUCUUUUCCUCCUCCUUUUUUCCCCCCAAGAUUUCCACCCUCAUAAGAGUUUCUUUCAGUUCUGUAUCACCUGGAUGUCAAUACACCUCCCUUUCUGUUGUGUCUUAACAACUACAGGUUUGGUGGGGGAGGCUUUUGAGGUACUGAACAGUUGCAGCUGAUAACGGUAUCGCCUUGGUUCUCUGUGCCAUUGCCAAUACUGAGUAAUGCUUAGAAUAACUGGGGUUUUUAGUCUGCCAUUAAAUACAAUGUAGUGAUGGUAUUUAAAAUUCACAGACACAAAUCAUGGUAUCCCUGAGAUGAUUACAGCUAUCAGAUUUUUUUUAAUCCCUAUUCAUUUAUGCUGUUGCUUUCCCUAUUUUGGUUUCUUCAGAAGAGUCUAUCUGCUAUCUGCCAAGUUUUUUCAGUCAUUCUGGCAGAAAUGCUUUGAGUACAACUUUCUGUUGAAAGUUUAUGUCUGUUCUUAGUAAUAUAAAAUACUGUCUUUUUUUCCUCACCAGUAUGUUCCUGCAGACAUCUGCAUAAUAAAACAAUGAAAAUCACUAGAGUAAUGUCUUUAGGGAAGGACUAGGGACAGAAAUUCCUAGUUUUUAGAAUUAUUUUUGGUGGAUACAGAGGUAGAAGAGAACUAAACACAGAGGAUAAGAAAACCCCAUUCUUGCUGUUACCACAUGCAUUUGGUAGCUCCUUAGUGUGACAGGUUCAGUAUGACUGAAAAGGAAUCUCCAUUGUGGAAGAACUGGAGUUUAAGGGCUGUUGUUUGGUGAGUUUCCACCAGCCCUGGCACUUCAGCAGCCACUUGGGUUCUGUAUUUUGAUGUCCUAAUGAGCUGCCAAGACAGUUCUGCUCUUGCACAAUUUCUGCAUACUCUACAAACUGCUGACCAACUUGCUGGCCAAAGAUUAAUGAUUUGCACUGUGGUAGUCUAAUGACUGCGGCACACAUAAAACCUGGCAGCAGUGAUGGUUGUCUGCAGAAGAUGCUUUUGUGUGCUGAAGCAAGGUGCUCUCUAAAUACAGGUGCAAUAAAGAGAAUAAUGUAUCGCUGCACAUUAUUUUAUACUGCUUGCACAUUGCACACUUUAAUAUUUACUGCAGUUUCUUGAAAAAGGCUGACCCAAAACUACUUUCUGUGAAUGGCCUAUUUGUUUGAUUUAAAUUGUGUCAUUGAGAAGUGAGUCCAAAAGUUUUAUCAUACCCAAAUCUCUUAGGUUUUGUGUGCCAGAGAUACAAGAGAGAAUUUGAAAAUGACAGUUCUAUAAAACUUCUUUUUCUGACCUGUUUCUGGUGAAACCUCUCAGGUCUGAAGGUUCAUUGAGUCAGGUUAUACACCUUUGACUUCUCUGUCCUUUUAUAUUGUGUGAAUGAUCAGGUUUCCCUUUUGAAGUACUAGUUCCCUGUUUUUUGUAAACUGAGAAUGUGGCACACCUUUCCCUUGGAGAGGAAUGUCCCUUGUUUGUGCUGAACUGCUGGGGUAGAUGCUUGUUCAGGACAUGGCUCUUUGGUUUCCAGUCCUGGAGUCUAAGCACAUUACAAAAUGUGCACGAAGUAAAGGGAGAAAACAGGCAUUAAGAGUCUCUGGGGAGAAGAGCAGAUUUACUUCUGGAUUCAGGGUUUUCUUAUCUUUGUGAAUCUUCUCCAGUAAUUAGCCUGGAAGUGUAAUCAUCAUCUAAUCUUAGAAAAUAUUUUGGGUUCACUGUUGUCCCAUCUACUCCUUAAGAGAAAGGCUGUUUAUAGCCCUGAGAAGUGGCACAGUCUGCAUUCUGGGCUGUGGCUCAGGUGCUGUCCCUGCUCUUUCUCCUCUGCUGAUGAUUCUGCCCUGCUUCACCAGCUGCCCCUGUGUUGCAGAGGCUGUGGUUACCCAGCCAACCCUACUCAGGCUGUUACUGCUCAUUGGUGUGCGAUUCUUUCAUGUCAUCUUGCAGCUACCCCAAAUCUUACAGCUAACUACUAAAGUAGCUUGCCCUUUGAUAGGUAAUGUAGGGACAAUGCUAAGAGUGAUCUCUUGACAGAGUGGCAGGGACAAAGGGUUACCUGAGGCAUCUUUGGAGGAUAUGUUUACUCAGUCAAAACCGCAGGGAGCGCUGUGUUUGGGCAUGCACUAAGGUUGUAAAAGCCUACAGGUUUUUCUUCUUGAGCUGUUUCACAGAGAUUGUUUCUAUUUUGUGCUAUUAUUCUAUUAUUUUUAUAGUCGUAAGUAUGGAUUGGCUUCCACGCAAAGUGAAUGUUGAGUAGAUGUGGACCUGUAUGUAUGUGCAUGUGGACUUGGGUCCAAACUUGAAAUACCAUGUGAAGUGUGGGGAUACUGAGGUUAAUAACCUAAAAUUGAAAGAAUGGUUUUAAAGAAAUCAUACUGAUGUCGAACUCUCCUUUCUGCAGUCCUUAGCAAACCUAUAUUCUACCACACGUGAUAUGCAUCAGAAUGUUUUGAAGGCGCUCAGCCCCAAGGAGUGUAGGUGUAUUUUAGGCAAGGUGAUCCCAUUUGUCAGGAAGCAAAUUCACAUAUACAGGCAGGUAGGUUGGGGGGGGGGGGUGUUUAAUUAAA